GGCCCAUUCUGCGAAGGUUUAUCGCAGCAGAAGGACCAGCAGCAGCAGCGAGCGAGCGAUCGAGCGACCGUCGACUCGACGAACUGCACUUGUUCUGUGUGUGUUUAUACCAUCGUUAGGAGUGCGUAGAGUAGGUUGGUGUUUGCCGUCCGCUGUUCGCCGUUUUGCCCGUCGUCACACGCACGAGAAAAUUAUUAGUUGUGUUCGCGGGUGUGAGUGUGUCUGUGUGUGCGGGUGCUGCUGCUUCUUCGUGAGUGAGCGUUUUUUUUGUGUUCGCGAACAAACCACAUACACAGUGAGGCCGUUUCAUCCCCCCCUUCCCCCGCUCGCAUAUUACGCUGGGGCAGUGCAUCGGCGUGCGUCGGAAGAUAAUAGAUACACACACAUGCGAAACACACAACACCGACCGGGAAAUGAUCGACCGUGCGAUCACUAGCACGCUGUGAGAAAGAGUGAGAGAGCGAGUGAGUGCAAUGUAGUGUGUGUUUGUGUGAGUGCGACGUAUUGAAGCAACGAAAAGCAGAGGAAGAAGUAAAGAAAAACGAGAGAAAAAACGAGCAGGAAGAAGCAAAAUAGUAAUAAUAGAUGAUUGUGUACAGCCGCUGCUCCUGCUAGGGCAUUGUGGUGGGCGAAUUAACGAAGGGAAGGGAAGCGAUCCUAUCACACCUUCCCCACCCGCCGCGGUGGACGGCCGCGAUCGCCGGUCCGGUUUGUUUUUUGCAGCGAAAAACAGUGUUAACGAUCGCUUCCUUUGUUGUUGUUGUUGGCGGUGUGCGUGUUUUUGCGCAAAAGAAAACAACAAAAAAGUCGUGUGUUGUGUGCGUGCGUGAGUAGUGUGUGAAAAGCCGCAGCCAGUGCCAGUGUAUUGUUUGAUAAGCAAACGGGUGGUGUUGAUCGUUUAACAGAAGAAAGAAAGAAAAAAAACACGGUCCGCGGGCGGGGGGCGACACCCGGCGGCGGCGGUCACACUAAUGUUUCGCCGCCGACGACGUCGUUGGGGCGAGAUCGUGUCGUAGGAUCGCGGAAAACCACGCGGUAAUAUAAUAUCCUUCCUUUAAGUGUACGCGCGCGCGUGUGUGUGUGCGUGUUUGGUUGUUGCAAGUGAGCAGCAGCAGGGUGUGCAAUCCUUCGCGCGAUCACGAUUGGAGCACUCGUGGCCAAACAGCGUCGCCGCGUACUACUGCCCGGCAAGGAGGAGAGCUGCGUUACGAUGAACAAGCUGGAGUACUCGCGGCGCAAUGGCACGCAAAAGAUUCGAAUUACCAUUAUGGGCGCCCGUAAUCUGGCCCGGAAGGAGAUGUUCCGACUGCCCGAUCCGUUCGCCAAAAUUCUCGUGGAAGGCACGACCCAGGAGUACACGACGGAGAUCUGCAAAGCGUCGCUGGACCCGCGCUGGAACUCGCACUACGAUCUGUUCCUCGGCAAGAACGAUAGCAUCCUCAUCACGAUCUACAACCACCGGAAGAUGCCGAAGCGGCAAGCCUUCCUGGGCUGUGUGCGGAUAGCCGCGUCCAGCAUCCAGCUGCUCCGCGAUACGGGUUAUCAACGGCUCGAUCUGGUGAAACGGUCGCAGGAUGAUCCGGAUCCGGUCAAGGGACAGAUCAUUGUGUCGCUACUGUCGCGGGACAGUGCGACCGGCGGUACGCCGCUGGCAAUCGUCAGCCCGGCUGGGGACGUGCGCGUCCCGGAGGAUGACGAUGCCGCGGACGAGUCAAUGAUAGUCGAGCAGCCGCAGCAACAGCAACAGCAGCAGCCGCCGCCGCCACAGCAGCACCAACUGCCCCGGGGCUGGGAGGAACGGUCGGCACAGAAUGGGCGUACGUACUACGUGAACCACUACACCAAGACGACCCAGUGGUCGCGGCCAACGGAACCGGCUGGUCCGCCCGUUCGCCAGUCGGGCAACAACAAUGCGGCGAACAGCAGCACACCCCUCACCGCCAACGGGAACGUUAAUGGUGGAGGCGUUCCACACCCGCAGCAGCAGCACCACAUUCUCGGCAGUCCAACGAGCGCCGCGAACGGUGUCGGCGAGGAGUCCGGCUGCCCCACGAUACCGGCCGGUCCGUCCAAGUCCGCCACCAACCACAGCAUCAAUAGUAUUCAGUCGAACGAUUCGGGCAGCCGGCGGCACUCCGCCGAGAUACUGGUCAGCUCGAACAAUAAGGAAAACUGCAUCCAGCAGCACCCGUCGUCGCAGCAGCAGCAUCAUAAUGGGAAGGAGCAGCGAACGGGAAAGGAUGUGGAAAACGGUGGCAGGGGUGAUGCGUUGGUGAAUGGCAAUGCGGGUGGUGGUGGUGGUGGUACACCCGCACACAAUCGGCACCGGAAUGAGGCGAAAAGCCCCGUCCGCAUACAGGACGAAUCGCUGCUGAUCACACCGAGCUCGUCGAAUACGAGUCCGCUGAGCGAAAUCAAUAGCCCGAUAACGUCGCCCAAGCAGCAGCAGCAGCAGCAGGAUGUGUCACCGCGCUCUGGAAAUGGCGGACGGGAACCUCAACAAGUGUCCGGUAUGACGAAUGCCAUCGGGACGCUCUCGAUCGAUGCACCACCCGCCCGGUCCGGCACGAAUGCAACGAGCGGCGGCGGUGGUGGCGGACAGCAGUGUGUGGUGAUGGUGAACGGUUCCGGUGCGGGUGUGACGAACUACAGCAGCCCGAACCAUCAGCAUCAGCGCAGCACGGGUGAUGCAGGACAGCCUGCUGGUCAUCCGGCAGCGGCAAAACCGACGGUGCCUUCCUACUUGCCGCUGAGUACGAGCAAUGGCACCACGAAUGGGACUGCUGGCACCACGGGCAGCUCGAACUCGUCGCCCCACAAUGGCGUCAGCAAUCACAGCAGCAGCGCUUCCGCUCCCGACACUGUCGGUGGUGGUGGUGGUGGUGGGGGAGGCGGUGGUGGAGGAGGAGGACGGUCGCAGCACCAUCAUGGGACACCGACCACCGGUGGGGAAAGUGGUGGCCAUCGGGAAGGGUCGGCGUCGCGGUACCAUCGCACCCGAUCGGGAAGGCACGCGGAAGAGCCGGGCCGGCGGCGCACUUCCCGCGACAGGCCACCGCGGCCACUAAUGGGUGGUGGAAGUAUGGCUCCACCUCCAAACGCCCGGCCCGCUCUAGUGCCCUUCAUCCGACCGGCGGUCGAUCUUCCCCAUGGUUAUGAAAUUCGCACCACGCAACAGGGGCAGGUGUACUUCUACCACAUACCGACGAAGCAGUCCACCUGGCACGAUCCGCGGAUACCGCGCGAUUUCGACACGCAAAACCUAACGACGGAAACGCUCGGCCCGCUGCCGCACGGCUGGGAGCAGCGCAAAACGGCAUCCGGGCGGGUGUACUUCGUCGACCACAACAACCGUACGACCCAGUUCACCGACCCGCGGAUAAACAUGCACAUCCUGCAGAUGAUCCGGCGGCAGAACAGUGUGGCCGCUGCGGCGGCGGCGGUUGCUGCUGCCACCGGUGGCGGCGGCGUCGCAACGAACGGCUGCUCGUCCUCUCCACUGUCCGGUGCGGGACCGCAGGUUCCGAACGGUACCGGGGCGGCCGGCAGCGGUUCGAGCCGGUAUGCCGCCGCUGCCCUGGCCGAAGCGGUCAACCCAAUCGCCAAUGGUGUAAGUAGCCCGUGGCGGGCGUGUCGUUGUGUAGUGUGCAUAGACAUGCUGCACGGACCGAGAGGAGGCAGUGCAAUAGCGGCAACCGGCAGCAGCACCACCACCACCAACCAUGUGACCAACAACAUUCCCGAUCUGCCGCAGGGCCUGAUGGACAGUGCCGAUCUGCUGCCCAAGUACCGGAGCGAUCUGGUCGGCAAGAUACGGGCGCUCCGGCAGGAGCUGCAGCUGCUGCAGCCCCAGUCCGGCCACUGCCGGUUGGAGGUGUCUCGAAAUGAAAUUUUUGAGGAGAGCUAUAGACUGAUCAUGAAGAUGCGUCCCAAAGAUAUGCGCAAACGGUUGAUGGUAAAGUUCAAGGGCGAGGAGGGCCUGGACUAUGGUGGUGUCGCCCGCGAAUGGUUGUAUCUGCUGUCGCACGAAAUGCUCAACCCACAGUACGGGCUGUUCCAGUACAGCCGGGACGAUCACUACUCGCUGCAGAUUAAUCCCGAUUCGUCCAUUAAUCCGGAACAUUUGUCGUACUUUCACUUUGUCGGGCGCAUUCUCGGCAUUGCGGUGUUCCACAAUCACGUGCUGGAUGGGGGCUUCACGCUGCCGUUCUACAAGCAGCUGCUCAACAAACCGAUCACGCUGUCCGACAUCGAGGACGUCGAUCCGGAUCUGCAUCGUAGUUUAACAUGGAUACUGGAAAACAACAUAACGGGCAUUAUCGAUUCAACGUUCAGCGUGGAAAACAACAGCUUCGGCGUGCUGAAGGUGCACGAGCUGAAACCGAACGGGGCCUCCAUCGCGGUGACCGAGGACAACAAGCGCGAGUACGUGAAGCUGUACGUCAAUUAUCGGUUUAUGCGCGGUAUCGAACAGCAGUUUUUAGCUCUCUCGAAAGGAUUCGGCGAACUAAUCCUUAGCCAUCUGUUGCGACCGUUUGACGAGCGCGAGCUAGAGCUGCUGAUCAGCGGCAUUAGCAAGAUCGACGUGAACGACUGGAAGGCGAACACGCGGCUCAAGCAGUGUACGGCCGACACACCCCAGAUCGUGUGGUUCUGGCAGAUCGUAGAAUCGUACUCGCCGGAAAUGCGCGCCCAGCUGCUCCAGUUCGUGACCGGCUCGUGCCGCGUACCGCUCCAGGGCUUCCGGGCCCUCCAGGGCUCGACCGGUGCGGUCGGUCCGCGGCUCUUCACCAUCCACCUGACCGCGGACGUACCGCUGCAGAAUCUGCCGAAAGCGCACACCUGCUUUAACCGGCUCGACCUACCGAUGUACGACUCGUAUCAGCUGAUGUACGACAAAUUGACGCAGGCCGUCGAAGAGACGUGCGGGUUCGCUGUCGAGUAGUGGGGGGGGGAAGAAGUUUUUUUUUUGUUCGAAAAAAAAAGUGUAUCAUGCUACGGGUGUUUUUUUUUUAUUUAAAUGAUGCUGCUUGGAAGGGGAAACGAUUUUUUGUUUUUAGAACUUUCUUGUUCUUGUCAACCACCUCGGUUGGUGGGAAGUGGGAAGUGCAAACACACGCUCGAAUGUGUUUGCUUUGAAGUUUGUGUUGGAAUUAUGCCCGUUGCCGAUCCACGUGGUUCGCUCAACGUAGUAAAAACGAAACGAAACGGACUGAAUUGUUUUCCUUUCGGGGGUGCUUCGAGUGGAUUCGAACCCAGUUGGUGGCAGUGGUAUGAAAGGAAAAUUAAUUUACCGUCUAUGAAUUGUGCAUAAGCUCCCCGCGAGCCUAUUACUUCUUUUGUGUUCAGUUCAGUCAAGGCAAACAGUUACAGUCAGUGUGAAUUACAAUUGAUCCGGUUUUGGAGAGGGAAGGGAAAAGUAAAUGAAUUGCCUCUAAAGUUAUUACAAGUAAACGGAGAAGAAGAAGAAGAGCUAGUAAAAAAGCAAUGAUAGAAAAGUGGAUAAAUUUUUGUAUUUGAAAAAAAAAAACAAACAAAACAAAGAAAAGCGUUCAAUUAUGUAGAGUUGCACGUGAUCGAUGAAAAACGAGAAAUUGGAACGAAAUGGAAAAAGGAUGUUACAAUGUCGAGAGAGAGAGAGAGAGAGAGAGAGAGAGAGAAAGCAGGGGAAAGCAGUAGUGGGGCAGGAGAGAAUGCAAAAAUAACGAGUGAUAUAAUUAUACACGUAUAAAUAUAUAUAAAUAUAACUAUAAAUAUGUAACUGUAAAUGUUAUAAAUGUAUAAAAAAAGUAUAACAAAACAAACACAGCAAGAGAGCAACAGAAAGUGAAAGAGCAAUUAGCAAAGAAGAAGAGGGUAUGUGAAAAUGUGUGUAUGUAUGUAUGUAUUUGUAUUGUAUGUAACGAAGAAGAAUCCCCAGAACAGGAAAAAAGAGAAAAGGAAGAGGAGAGAGAGUGAGCAUUGGCAAGAUAUGUUAGAGUAGUUAAGAAAACCAACCGAAACACUGCUCUCACCCUUUCCAAUCCGAUCGUAGGUCGGGGCGGGAUUUUAAAACGUGUCGAGAGGGAGGGGGUCUUGUUUUUAUCGCAGACGUUGUGCUUCAAGCUUUAAUGUUAGAACUUCUGGUGAGAUUAGACAAAGAAAAAAGGUAACAAAACAAACAACACCUUGUGGAAUGCCACCAACCUCCCCUCCCCCUGGGGUAGAUGUGAGAAUGGGACUGUGGUGUUUGGAAAAGGAAAAAAGAAGAAGCAUGAUAAUGAUUGUAUUGCCAUGAAAGAUUUGAAUACACAUAUCGUACCCACUCGGGGGGGCACACUGGGUGAAAAGAGACACCCCGCUGGCGGCUGCCGCCUGGGUUGCAUGAAGUUGUUUAUUUAUUUUUUUUGUUUCAAUUUAUUAUUUUUGUUCAUCCUAUCUAUAUUCCAACAAAUUAGUUGUGUAGCUGGGCACAACACCCAACUGUUCAACCGCGAUAGUAAAUGAAAGGGGUUCAAACCUCGAAAAAGCAAUGCGAGACGCGCUUUUCAGCUCAGCUCAGCGAGGAACUCUGCGAGGAGGGAAUACGCAAACAUCUCCCUGCCCUCCCAAAAAGAUAUGCCAUUAUUUGUUGUUACAGUGUAAAUAUAUUGGUACAGAGAGAGAGAGAGAGAGAGAGAGAGAGAGAGAGAGAGAGAGAGAGAGAGAGAGAGAGAGAGAGAGAGAGAGAGAGAGAGAGAGAGAGCAUUAGGCAGACGUUAGUUAGGUGUGUAUCAGAACAUCGAAUCACCGUUAUCAAACGUAUAGCAUUACACAACACAUACAGACCGAACUCAUUUAUUAAGAGCAUGCUAGCAUUUAGCUGUAGAGAACACUCCUGUCUUGCCUUUCCCGUGUUUUUUUUUUCGAGGCAAUCGAUCGCGCCUCUCAGAUCAUGUGGUAGUUGUUACACUUUUCGAAUCCAAGUCCAAUUUUAACACACGUCUUUGCUGUUCGUAAAAGUGCUCAAACAACCUACCUAAAAGGGUGUGUGUUCAUAGGUAGAAGUACCCAACUCGGAGAAACACUAAAUCAAUAAAUAGCAAUUGCAAAUCAAACUAUGAAACAGUCUCUGUAGGGUGAAGGAAAUCAGCAAUCAAAUUUUAAAACCUUACUAGCGAAACAAACGAUUCAUAAAACAGUUCAAACACAAUAAUCGUAAAUACAGAAAACAAUUUUGAAACGAAAACGAAUAGCAUAGGUAACAAAACAGGUAUUUAACGGAUGCAUAAUAACAUGAUAUAGCGCAAACAAUAGUGAACAAAAACCAGCAAAAAGGGAUAGAACUAAAAAAUCAAAACAAAAUAAUAAUUAAAACACCACAACUAAAGAGCAGUUCGAGAUGGUCUGGUAGUUAGUGAGGAAAAGAAAUAAACGAAUUACGCAAAAAAAAACAAAUAAGUUCCCACAAACAUAGUAAUCAAACUCCAAAUCGGAGAACAUUAGCUAAUCAAAUGUGUAAAAAGAAACGAAUUAAUCCAUUUUUAUAUAGACAAAACGAUGAGUGCUGCGAUGGUGGAGAGUGCGCGUUAUAGCUAGCUAAAGAAUAAUAAGGUUUACACACGGGGAGCGGUUUCGUUUUGUGUUCGUCGAACCGUUUUCCUUCCCACGUCCUUCCCAAACUUCGCUGUUUCGGUUGCGAGUUCCGGUUGUCAUUCGGAAUUUUAAAAAAUUGGAAAAAAACUAUCGAAUAGAAAAGGAUGGGAAAACAGCUCCAAGCGCUGCACUGAACCGUUCAACAAUUGGCAUUUGGGGCUUCACACGAUCGGGGACCGAUCAAUGAUCAUAUCAUUCGAUGUAAUGUAUGGCCGUGAGAAAAAAACAAAAGAAAAACAAUCGUCCCACUCCCUUUUCGUUUGCGAACAACGGUAGGAUUAGGAUGGAGGAUUGAGGCGCAAAAGAGAACUUCACAACAACAUGACAAUAGCAUGCAAAAAAGGGUGCGGUAAGAUUGGGGGAGAUGGCAGGAAAGUGAUGAGAUGGAGGAAGUAGUGGGGAAGGAGGGAGUGUAUAUUAUUUGUAUAAUAAAAAAACAAACAAAUCGUGGUUAUUCAGUUCAAAGUAAA